AAGCAAUCAAAGAAAGUGAUCAGUUGACGUGGUGAUGUAUGCCCGGCGCCUUGCGGGGCUCGCCCUCGCCCUGCCGCUGCCCAUUCAACGUGUGGUCCUAGCUGCCACCUCCCCCUCGUCUUUGUUCAAGUUACUUGCGCCGGUUCCAUUGCGAAGCGUAUUCCCCAUUACGUUGAUAAGGCCUCAUUGUUGAUCGCCACACCACUGUAACAGGACCCCGCGUGCCUUGACAGUGUAGGUCCCGAGCUAGGGAAUGAAUUUUAUCCUUUGACUACUGACCUCGCUCAAAAAUGGAGACUGCAGACAAAAAGUUAGCUGCCAAUGACCUGAAAGUCAAUGUCCGCACUGUGGCGGAUCUAGAGGUGGGCCCUGCAACCACUCCAGCUAGUCCUCCAGCCACCGAGCAGGAACGGGCUGAGUUUCAGAAACUGUUGCUUGGAAUGAAUGGUCUUUCUGUCGACAAGAAAGGAGGAUCUAACAAGAAAAAAAAUCCCAAGGUAACGAACUCUGACAGCAAGACAGUACAGCCUGAGGAUGAAGCUGGCUCUUCAACUGAAGCAGAGAAGCAAAAGAAGAAAAGGGGGAAACGCUCAGGAAAGAAGAACAAGCAGUCACCCACCGACAGUCCCUUGAAAACAGUAAAUGCUAGUGGGGAGCCGUCAAACGUCAACCAGCAAUCAAGCAAAAAGGAAUCUGUCACUCAAAACACUUCUCAAGCAGCGAAGUCUGCGCCCUCUUCGAAGCAUUCAGAGAGCCAAGCCCAGCAUGUUACGGAACCUAAAAACUCUCAAACUGGAGCACCUUCCAAUGCGUCACAGAUCCUUAAAGAGCCACCAGUGGUCCAGCCUGUGCUUUUGAAGUCCAAAGAACCUAAGCCUGGUUCUGGUUUGGGAAAGAAGAUGGUCGGCAAUACAAGAGACAUGCCUAGUGAUAAACCCAGUGAUGCUAACUACCAGCGAGAAAAUGGGGAAUUAAGCAACCCUUUUGAGAAAGAACCUUUAUUACUUUUACGAGCUGCUGUAAACCUCAUAAAACCAAAGAGGAAGAUAGCCUCUCAAAAGGAGAAUCUUUUCUACUGCAUUCCUUGUGAGAAAGAAUUUUCUGACAUUGAUAGACAUUUGGAUAAAUCUAGAGAUAACCACUAUUUGAGAUGGAAGUGUGAAAUGAGAAGACGUACCAUUGAUCUACUUCCGGAUCUGAUGCACACUAGUCUCAUUGACGAUUUAGUCAAGACAACAGUAGAACAGAACAAAUUGCCCGAAGAAAAGCAGAAAGCUGCUCACUCCCUAUGGCAAAGCUUAGACUCACUUGCAAGAAGCAAAUUCAAAGACUGCCAAGUACGUUGGUUUGGAUCCCAAGUGAAUGGACUGGGCCUGUCUGAUAACAGAGUUUUGAAUAUGGACUUGGUGGUGCCCAAUAGGGAAGAAGCUGCCGCAACCUUCCUACAUUUCAUUGCUGCGGUUGAGGAGAAUUUCCAGGAUGUGGACCGUGUUGUUGCUACAAACUUUGCUCAUGCUAAUAUCAAUCAUACUGCAUCUGGCCUUUCAGUUCAAUUAAGUUUGAACAACAAUGGUGCCUACUUUACAUCAAAACUCAUUGGUGAUUAUAUGAGUAUUGAUUGGAGGGUGAGGCCUCUAUCCAUAUUUUUCCGUUACUGGGGCAAGAUUUGCGGAUUAGACCAGGGGGAAAAUGGUUCUUGGCAAGGUCAUGCUUUUCCAAUUAUGGUGAUACAUUUCCUGCAGCAAAAACAAGUAUUGCCUGUUCUGCAUGACAUGGUGGAUAAUCCUGAAGGAAGCCCAGAAGUUUAUCUAGAUCCAAAAGAACUUCAAGGUCGCUGGCAAACUCGCAAUCAAGAUAGUUUGGGCAAGCUGUUGUUUAACAUGUUUCGUUAUUAUGCUGUUCAGCAUGAUGUGGAGAAGCAUGUUGUUUGUGUCACUCAGUUUCAGCCCUUUUUGCGGUCGAACACCAAAUGGAAUGCAAAGCGAAUUGCAGUCAUAGAUCCUUUCCAGCCAAAGCACAACAUAUCCAGAUAUAUAUCAGCCAAUAUGUAUGAUUAUGUGCAUUUCUGCUUGGUCACAACAACCUGUGCACUUGGUAUUCCAAGGAGUGAUUCUGGUCCAAUAUUUGGGUACAUUGGGCCUCGUCCUGAUCGUUCUCAUUUUGACCAAGCUCCAACUAUACUUGAUGAGUACUUAGAAAUGACUGACAAAAUUCAUGAGCUUGUGUUAAGGCUUGAUAAAUGUUACAAUGACCCAGAUUUACGAAAGGACAAUGAGAGCAAAGCACCUGACUUGAGAAUGCAGCUGUUCCGUUCACAAGUUUUCACUGAGCUAUUGGCAUUAAGAGUGGUGCCCAUACCUCCUGGCAAGACAGAACCGUCAGCACCCCCACUCAAUGCUUAUGCUAACUGGUGGGUUACUCCUCAUCAGGCGCAGUCUCUUUCAGCUCAGUUCCGUUCGGAUGCCUUGUGCCUCCCAUUCUCAAGGCUGCUUUGUACAGAUAAUGAGUUACCCCCUGUAAAUUGCACAUCAUGCCACAAGAAUGGCCAUCUUCGAUCUAGAUGUCCUGAUGAGAUGAUUCCUAAAAUGAACCCUGUACCACCACCUUCCAAAGAGCUUGAGGCAGUUUUGAACCAACUAUGCCUUGAUAUAUUUGAAACUCGAUGCUCUGAAGAUAGUGGCUUAAGAGACCGCAUGGAAGUGAGGGAUGACUUGUUACAUUGGUUGAGGCAGUUUUACACUGAUCCGGUGCUCCAUCUCUUUGGGUCUUCGUUGAAUGGCUUCGGAGGAAAAUCAUCAGAUAUUGAUAUGUGCCUUACAUUUCAAUCUAAUCCCACUGGAGAGGGUCUCAAUUUUCCGAAUAUUGUUGAAGAAAUACAAUCUCAUUUUAAGCGCCACAGAAAUAUACAUCAACUGCUAGCAAUCACCACUGCAAAGGUGCCCAUUGUCAAAUUUGCCUAUGGCAAAAACCACAUCCAAGUAGAUAUUAGCCUGUACAAUACGCUGGGAAUUAUGAAUACCAAAUUACUCCAUGCAUAUUCCGUAAUAGAUCCUCGAGUUCGGCCUCUAGUGUACAUGAUGAAGUGCCUUGCAAAGACUACGGGGAUUGGAGAUGCAUCUCGCGGCAGUUUGUCCUCAUACGCGUACUCCCUGAUGUCCCUGUACUUCCUCCAGCAAGUGGAACCUCCUGUCAUCCCAGUUUUGCAAGAGCUGUAUGAUCCUAGAGUCGGGCCCAAAGUUGAAACAGUUGAUGGUGCUAAUGUAUACUUUUAUAGUAAUAUUGAUCAACUGGAUGAGGUUUGGCCACAUCGCAACAAAAAUAGAUCUUCUCUGGCAGAGCUGUGGCUUCAGUUACUAGAAUUUUAUGCCUCUGGUAAAUUCCACGAUUCACAGCAAGUGGUGUGCAUUCGAAUGAAAAGACCUUUGUAUAAGUUUGACAAACUCUGGACGUCAACUAAUAUCUGCAUUGAGGAUCCAUUUGAUCUUAACCACAACCUUGGAUCUGGGCUUUCCAAAAGAAUGAACAUUUUUAUUGUUAAAACUUUCCAAAAAGCAUGCAAGCACUUUUCUCUCCUUCCCAAAAUGGAUAGACUACCAUCUUUGGAGAAAUACUACUUCAAUGAAAAUGCGCUCUCUGUGGGGAAACCCCCAAGUGAUAGAGGCUGCCACUAUUGCCGCUCUAUUGGACAUGUUCAGAAGGACUGUCCCAAACUUCAAAUGUUGAACCAGAAACCCAGGUAUCCGAUUCGAGGCCAUGUGAACCAGUAUGAAAACUUCAACAGGCAACCCAGAGGGGACAGGCGAGAGCAUAAUCGUGACAAUCAUCAAAGAAUGAGGGAUCCUGGAAGGUUGUCAAACAUGCCGAUGCCACAGGGAGCGCCCAUCAAUUUGCCCAUGGGAAUGCAAAUGCGAAAUGUGCACAUGCAGAACCAUGUCAAGCCAAUGCACCAGCCCAACCACCAGAGGCCCAUGAACGUCCAGAACCAGCCCAGACCAAUUCAGAACCACAUUUUAGUCGGUAGUGUGAAGCCACCUGGCUUCCAAGGUGCCCCACCGGGCUUCCCCCACCUUGGGCCUCCUCUUAGGGUUGUGGCCCCGCAGAUGGUACCUCAGCCCCAUCCUCCAAUGGCACCACAAAUGGGCCCUCAAAUGGCACAGAUGCGCCCUCAGUUGGUUCAAGGAGCUGCCCCCCCAUUCAUGAUGGCGCGCCCCAUAAGACCGUACCAAUGGCAGUAGAUUGGCAGUAUUUCUCUGGGGCUGUGUUUGUGCAUGUACAUGUAUUGGAGGCUGUGGCUUUUAAGGACAAUGGACAUUCCCAUGUCACGUAGUGACACUUUGUUAGUGACUGGAAGUUACCAGUGAACCUUGGGAUUUCAUUUUAAUUUGUUGCCUGUUCUGUGUUUUCAAGUGUAAACAAGAAUUAUUUUUUUUCCGAUGAUUGUUUUGCUUAGUAAGCAAUAUUAAUUUCCCAUACUGUGGUUAUGUUGAUAAUUUUAUGCUUAUCAAGUCAAUGUACAGAUUCUUGUUAAGGUUUUCUCAGACUAUAGGACUUAGCGGAGAAACAUAUGUAUAUUUGGGUCUUCUCGUUAAAAAGCAAUUGCUCGUAUCAUAAAACAAUAUUGUCAUUGGUUUGCAUUUUUAACAUUUCCUCUCACAUAAUUAGGUUCAAAUUCCAAAAGGAAAAAAAUUAUGCCCCUUACAUUGUAGCUAUUAUUGCACGCAGUCACAUGACCCGCCUAAUGCCUGUUUUGGUUAGGUUGCGUACUUAGCCUUUUUGGGGGCACUUGGCUUUAUCUUGCCAUUACACAUCUGGCCUUGUUUUUUGUAAGUUUUCUUUUUAAUUUUGGCUGGUUUCUCUGAAUUUGACAUUAAUUUUGUUUUUAUAGAUCAGAUUUGUGGAUUUUAAAAGAAAUGACUCAUUGAUAGUUUUUUUUUUUUUUUUGAACAGUUUAAAAUAUUCCUUGCAGAUUAAACCAUAAGUGUGCAUGAUUUAAAAAAAUAUUAUUUUUAUAUUCGUAAUUAUGUCUUACGUAAUGGGGAUGUGUCUCCUCUAGGAUCACCGCAUUAAGUUGUUUGAUUUUUUUUUUUUUGUUUAAAGGGAGGUUCAAGUUAGUAAAACACUGUACAAAACUCUGACACUAAACAAUUUGUAAUUUUCAUACACUAUUAAUAGUUACUCAGUUAAAUUCUUGGAUUAAUUAAUUACUAUCCUUUUCUUAAAAUGUCUGUGAUACCUGUUUUCUUGUCAUAAGACUGUCUCAUUUGGACGAAAUGAAAUGAACUUGCUGACUUCCUAGGCUCACUCAUAAUUAGGUAUGGUUGUAACUGGACCAUGGGAACAGACUGGUUGUUAAAAGGUAUGUUAAUCAUAGCCUCUGGCAUGUACCUUCUCUUUCUUGAUUGUGUAUAUAAAUGGUGAAUGUGCUGCUAACUUUCUGAACCAUACUGAAAGUUUCUUUUGAAUAGGAUGAAGGUACUUCAUUACAGUUGUGCUAUCUUUUAAUCAUGAGUGUACUGAUUGAUCGUGGACUCUGCUGUACUUUUAAAAUGUUUCUUCCCAACAACCAUACAGUACUUGUAAACAAAGAACUUGUAAAUGAUGUUGUCUGUUAAUGAUAUUGUGUAACAUUUGUUUGUUUUUGUUGCUGAAUGUAAGCAAUUAUCAGUUCUCGCACGUGCGUGAUGAAGACUUUGUGAACGUCCUAGGUGACGGGGUCAUUUUUUUAUCUUAUCAUAAUUUACUGUUUUAGACAACUAUGUAUUAUACAAUAAAUGGCAACAAUUAUUUUUA